AUGGCUCCCCACGCUGACAACACUUCCACUGAACAGUCGAACGCAACUCAGUUCUCUAACCCACCAUGCUCUAUGCUACACGUUGAGGGUGCUGACAUUGUCGAUGCCUCAGGCUCGAAAGUGAUUCUGAAAGGUGCCGGACUAGGCGGCCACCUGAAUUUCGAGAACUUUAUCACUGGCUAUCCUGGACAUGAACACGAGCACAGAGCCGCCAUGGCUGAGGUCUUGGGCAAGGAAAAGGCUCAAUACUUCUUUGACCGCUUGAUCCACUACUUCUUCACGGACGCGGACGCCGCGUACUUCCAAAGCCUGGUGUGUAUAAUCUUGCCGUACCUCGAAGAAGUCAUCUGCGCACAAGAACUAAUCCCUUAUUCANNGGGUCUCAACUGCAUUCGUAUUCCCUUCAACUACCGUCACUUCAUUGAUGAUGACAACCCAUCUGUGUACAAAGAUUCGGGCUUCAAGUUGUUGGAUAACAUCGUGGACAUCUGUGGCCGUCACAACCUAUACGUUAUUCUCGAUCUGCACGCUGUCCCUGGUGGCCAGAACCAGGAUUGGCAUUGCGAUAGCGGUAUUGGCAAGGCUCUGUUUUGGGACUUCAGAAUCUUCCAAGAUCAGAUGAUCGAUCUAUGGGUGCAUAUCGCCAAACACUACGUUGGCAACCCCGUCAUUGCGGGCUACAACCCUCUGAAUGAGCCUGCAGACCCCAAGCAUACCCGCUUGGUUGCUUGGUACGAUAGAAUGGAAAAGGCCAUCAGAGAGGUUGAUCCCGACCACAUUCUCUGGGUGGAUGGCAACACAUACGCUAUGGACUUCAGCCACUUCACGCGGAUCAUGCCAAAUACCGUCUACGCCUGCCACGACUACGCAAACAUGGGCUUCCCAAUUCCAGGUCAAGAUCCCUACACUGGCACCGAAGAGCAGAAUGCCAAGUUGCGCCGCCAGUUUAACCGCAAAGCAGAGUUCUCGCGCGAACACAAUGUUCCGCUCUGGAACGGCGAAUUUGGCCCUGUAUAUGCAGACCCCAGUGUUGAUCCCGAAGCCGACAAGACAAACAUCAGCAGAUUCGGUGUACUCAAGGAGCAACUCAACAUCUAUGCCGAGUCACAGAUCCACUGGACCAUUUGGCUGUACAAAGACAUCGGUUACCAAGGCAUGGUCCACGUCUCACGUUCAUCCNNCCCCUACAUGCAAUUGAUAAAAUCCUUCGUGGCCAAGAAGCAAAAACUCGGUCUCGACUUCUGGGGUGUAGUAGACAAAACCGGUGUUUCUUCGACUUACGACCCUUUCCUUGCCGACAUUAAGAAAAUGAUUCCUGAGCACUUGCACGACUCCAAGUAUCCUCAUCACUGGAACAUCGAAAGACAGUUUGAGAGAAUCGUUAGAGAGUGUUUGGUUUCUGAUUACUUGAGCUUGGAGUUUGCGGAAUUGUUCAAGGGAAAGAGCGAACAAGAGCUUGAUGAACUAGCUGCUAGUUUCAAGUUUGAGAACUGUGUUACCAGGGAUAAGCUCACGGAGAUCUUGCAGGCUGAUGCUGCAAAGUCGAGAGUGCAGAAGUAA